AUGUUUCUAUUCACUUCUCUAGCAUACUAUCAAGUAAGAGGACUAAUCGGUUUUGGAAAUACAAUACCAUAUAUUAAUCAGAAUGAAUAUCAAGAUUUCAUCAAAAAAUCUGGAACAAAAGCAAUUAUUUUUGCAGAAAAAGACGAAGACUUAGAUUUUAUUGAACAAGGAUACAAAUCAUUCAAAGAUUAUAUCGAAUUUCGUCGUGCUAGCCCAAGUCUUGCAAAAGAAGGCCAAUGUAUAUCUUUUCCAUGCGUAAUUGGAUAUAAGAACAGCAAUGAAGUAGCAGAAACUGGCCCAAUACAGCCAAUUCUUUUCUAUGACUGGGCCCAAAACCUUUCACAUCCUGCAAUUAUCGAAUUAUUCCAUCCGGAGCUACUCAGAAGAAUUUUCAACCAACCAGGUGCCGCAAUUAUUGGUGUUGAUAUCAGAUCAAGGCCAGAUUAUUUAAGUCCAAACGAAAAUUUCUAUGUUACAACUUCUGAAAAUUUUGCAGUCUUCGAUAUCAAAGUAUCAUCCGGCGUUUACAUUUACAGAUCAGCAGAUCACACGAUUCUUCGUGCAGACAAGAAUUACAAGUCAUAUCUGAAAACAUCAAUCGUAAAUCCACAAAAAGUCAACCUCAAAGACAAACCAUUCUGCGGAGGAUUUGUUUUAUCAGGUCGUAAAGAUCUUGACUCCGUCGAAAUGGAAAUUUUACGUUCUUUGGCUUCCACAUAUAAAGAUAUUUAUUUCUUCCCAAUUGUUUCAGGUGUUGCAACCAUAUUCUCAGAGAUUGGCAAGAUAGAAUACUUCCCACCACCUUAUUUUGUCCUUAUGAACAGUUCCGAAACAAGGCCAUUAAGAUAUCUUAUUAUAAACAGCAUCCAGAUGCAUGAUUUACCAUUUUUGAAGCAAUAUGUUCGUAGUAUUCUUGAUGGAAAGCAGAGUUACAACAUGAUUUCCGAUGAAAGUGGUGGUGAUCCGAAUAAAUUAGUUUAUUCCGAUCUUCGCAAGACAAUAAACGAACAUGACACUGAUAUUGUCAUUGUUUAUGGUACAUACAGAAUGCCAAGAGGUGAAUAUUACAUGGCUAUCCCUAAGGCAGUGGAAUCUGUCAUUGAAUCUAAAUCAUUUAAAUUCUAUUAUUACAACCUCUCAAUGAAUGAAAUGCCUACGUAUUUCAAGUCUGAUUAUCAACCUGUUGUUGAGUUCUACGCAAAGGGAAGCAAAGAACCAGUAACAUACAAGGGACAGCCAUACUUUAGACACUUCAUUGACUGGGUUAGUUCUGUUGCUUCUGAAAAAAUUGUUGUUAAAAAGUACUCUCCGAUGGAGAUGCAGAACUCCCUUCCUCCAAUUGACGCCUCCGUUGGAAAGAUUGUUUAUGACUCAGAACUCUGGGGAAUUCCUGGAGAAACUGAAGAUCCGACUCAGAAACAGUGA